AUGCCAUAACCACAACUUUAUCCUGAUCGUCAAUCAUAUCGAACUGAACCAACUGGAAAAUCGGUGAAAGAUACACAAAAAUUAUCUGAAUUAAAUGUUGAUAAAACUGGAAAAAUCUAUUUUAAAGAUUUAGGACCACAAAUUGGAUGGAGCACUGUAUUUAUUGUUGAAUAUGCAGGUCCAUUAUUGAUUUAUUUGUUAUUUUAUAUUCGACCAAGUUUUAUUUAUGGUUCAUUAGCUGGUUUACAACCAAUGCAUUUUGCCGCUCAUUUGGGUGCUGCUUGUUGGAAAUUUCAUUAUGCAAAACGUAUUUUAGAAACAUUAUUUGUUCAUCGUUUUUCGCAUUCAACAAUGCCAUUAUUUAAUUUAUUUAAAAAUUGUAGUUAUUAUUGGGGUUUUACUGCAUUAGUUUCAUAUUUUGUUAAUCAUCCAAAAUAUACUCCACCAUCAUUUGGUUAUGCUCAAAUUUAUUUAGGUUUAGCUAUUUUCAUAUUAAAUGAAAUUGGUAAUUUAUCAAUUCAUUUACUUCUUCUUGAUCUUCGCCCAGCUGGUACAAAUCAACGUCGUAUACCAUAUCCAAAUAAAAAUCCAUUAACAAAUUUAUUUCAUUUGGUAUCAUGUCCUAAUUAUACAUAUGAAAUUGGUUCAUGGUUAGCUUUUUCAUCGAUGACACAAACAUUAACAGCACUUUUAUUUACAUUUGCUGGAGCUAUACAAAUGACUAUUUGGGCUAAACAAAAACAUCGAGCUUAUAAAAAAGAAUUUGCUGAUAAAUAUCCAAAACAACGCAAAGCGAUUAUUCCAUUUUUAAUUUAA